CGGAGCGGAGCGCAGCGAGACGCGAGUCUGAAGGAACCGAUCUGGCUCGUCUCUAUCGGAACAAAUGAACUACUUUCUCAGCUCAUUCUAAUCGAAGACCGCCCGUGAAUGGAUUUCUCCCGGAUUUGCCCAGACUAACAUGGAUGCCCCACAGUUAGCUGAGUGGGAAGGUUGUUUCUUGGCGCAGUGAGCUGGACACGCAGCGCUUGCUAAUGGAUCUGGGGAAACGAAUGAUACCUUCUCCCUGACUGACCAUGCCGUGAUCUUGCCGUGGGCCGUCACCCUGCUUAACGUCAAAAUAAACAUUUCGGGGGAAUCUACUGAUCCAGGGAAUAAAUAGUGGCAUCACACAGGCACCAUGAAGAUUACCUCCCCGCUCAUAAGUAAAGCGAGAUUCAGGUGCACCGUCAGGCUUCUACUGCUGCUAUUACUAUGUGUGGGAUAUUCUCGCGGGAUGCCACACGUUUUAAGAUUUGGAGGAAUAUUUGAGUCCAUUGAGUCGGGGCCGUCAGGUGCCGAGGAACUAGCCUUUAAAUUUGCUUUAAAUACAAUCAACAGGAACAGAACCCUACUGCCAAACACAACGCUAACAUACGACAUCCAGCGGAUAAACAUCUACGACAGCUUCGAAGCCUCCAGAAAAGCCUGCGACCAACUAUCUCUGGGGGUGGCGGCCAUCUUCGGCCCCUCCCACAGCUCGUCAGCCAAUGCGGUCCAGUCCAUCUGUAACGCGCUUGGCGUGCCCCACAUCCAGACCAAAUGGAAGCACCAGGUGUCUGACAACAGGGACUCCUUCUACGUCAGCCUCUACCCAGACUUCUCCUCUCUCAGCCGGGCCAUUCUGGACCUGGUUCACUUCUUCAAGUGGAAGACAGUCACCGUUGUCUAUGAUGACAGCACAGGUCUUAUUCGGUUACAGGAGCUCAUAAAGGCUCCAUCUCGCUACAACAUCCGCUUGAAGAUCCGCCAGUUGCCAGCGGACACCAAGGACGCAAAGCCUCUCCUCAAGGAGAUGAAGAGAGGGAAGGAGUUCCACGUCAUUUUCGACUGUGGACACGAAAUGGCUGCCGGCAUCCUAAAACAGGCUCUUGCUAUGGGGAUGAUGACAGAGUACUAUCACUACAUCUUCACCACACUGGACCUGUUUGCCCUGGACGUGGAGGCCUACCGUUACAGUGGGGUGAACAUGACUGGCUUUAGGAUCCUGAAUACGGAGAACAGCCAAGUGGCCUCCAUCAUAGAGAAGUGGUCCAUGGAACGCCUGCAGGCCCCGCCCAAACCUGACUCUGGCCUACUGGACGGCUUCAUGACGACGGACGCUGCGCUCAUGUACGAUGCCGUGCACGUGGUGGCCGUGGCCGUGCAGCAGUCUCAGCAGAUCACUGUCAGCUCCCUACAGUGCAACAGACACAAACCCUGGCGCUUUGGGAACAGAUUCAUGGCCCUCAUCAAAGAGGCCCACUGGGAUGGCUUGACUGGGCGGAUCACUUUCAACAGAACCAACGGCUUGAGGACAGACUUUGACCUGGAUGUAAUUAGUCUGAAGGAGGAUGGACUGGAGAAGAUUGGAACAUGGGACCCUCCUAGUGGCUUGAACAUGACAGACCACCAGAAAGGGAAGACAUCCAAUGUCACAGACUCCUUAGCCAACAGAUCUCUAGUUGUCUCCACCAUACUGGUGGAGCCCUAUGUGAUGUUCAAGAAGUCGGACAAGCCCCUUUACGGUAAUGACCGCUUUGAGGGUUACUGCAUUGACCUGCUGAGGGAGCUGGCUAGCAUCCUGGGGUUCACCUACGAGUUGCGUCUGGUGGAGGACGGCCGCUACGGGGCCCAGGACGAGACCACGGGCCAGUGGAACGGCAUGGUCAAGGAGCUGAUCGACCAUAAAGCUGAUCUGGCAGUGGCUCCCCUGGCCAUCACCUACGUGAGGGAGAAGGUCAUCGACUUCUCCAAGCCCUUCAUGACACUGGGGAUAAGUAUCCUCUACCGCAAGCCCAAUGGAACCAACCCUGGGGUCUUCUCCUUUCUCAACCCCCUCUCACCCGAUAUCUGGAUGUAUAUUCUGCUGGCUUACUUGGGUGUCAGUUGUGUGCUGUUUGUCAUAGCCAGGUUUAGUCCCUACGAGUGGUAUAACCCCCACCCCUGCAACCCCGACUCAGAUGUAGUGGAAAACAAUUUCACCCUGCUAAAUAGUUUCUGGUUCGGAGUUGGAGCUCUCAUGCAGCAAGGCUCUGAGUUAAUGCCCAAAGCCCUGUCCACCAGGAUCGUAGGAGGCAUCUGGUGGUUCUUCACCCUGAUAAUCAUCUCCUCUUACACGGCCAACCUGGCUGCCUUCCUCACUGUGGAGAGGAUGGAGUCGCCCAUCGACUCAGCUGACGACCUGGCCAAGCAGACCAGGAUAGAGUAUGGAGUGGUGGAGGAGGGAUCCACCAUGACCUUCUUCAAGAAAACCAAGAUCUCCACGUACGACAAGAUGUGGGAGUUUAUGAGCAGUCGGAGGCACUCUGUGAUGGUGAAGGAUAUUGACGAAGGGAUCCACCGAGUUCUCACCUCGGACUACGCCUUCCUCAUGGAGUCCACCACCAUCGAGUUUGUCACCCAGCGCAACUGCAACCUUACCCAGAUAGGGGGUCUCAUCGACUCCAAAGCCUACGGCGUGGGAACCCCCAUGGGUUCUCCGUACAGGGACAAGAUCACCAUAGCGAUCCUGCAGCUGCAGGAAGAAGGAAAGCUGCACAUGAUGAAGGAGAAGUGGUGGAGGGGGAACGGUUGUCCGGAGGAUGAGAAGAAUAAGGAGGCCAGCGCUCUGGGGGUCCAGAACAUCGGGGGCAUCUUUAUCGUCCUGGCGGCUGGACUCGUCUUGUCGGUGUUUGUGGCAGUCGGAGAGUUCAUCUAUAAAUCCAAACAAAACGCACAACUGGAAAAGAGGUCCUUCUGCAGUGCCAUGGUGGACGAGUUGCGGGUGUCCCUCAAGUGCCAGCGGCGCCUCAAACACAAGCCUCAGCCGCCCGUCAUGGUGAAGACAGAAGACGUCAUCAACAUGCACACCUUCAACGACCGCAGACUGCCAGGCAAAGAGACCAUGGCCUAGAACAGGACUCCCUCUCUCACUAUCCCUCUAACUCUUUCUAUCUCUCUCUCUAUCCCUCUAACUCUUUCUAUAUCUCUCUCUCUAUCUCUCUCUCUGCUGUCACGUGGAGGUGUGUAGGGUGAAGAGACACUGGCGGAGGGAGGAAGGCUGAUAGUUGAUUUAUGUGAGUGUAUUUGGAGGGGGGGGGUUAAGAGUGGGAGAGGAGAUGAGAAGAGAAGAGAAGAAAAGAGAAGUGGAGAAGAGAGGAGCUGAGCUGCUCUGAUCACUGACUGGACUGACUGUCUGGCAUCGUUGUUUUGAAACACUAAGCUAGAAAUGAAAAGAGAUUCAACAAUGUUUCCUGUGGAAAUAACUUGAACCAACCUGGGAGCAAUUCAAUGUGAGUUACCUCAUUACUCUACCUGGCAGUGCACCUGAGCAAGGAGUGACCAAGUGGUGCCAUGAUUUAGUAUAAAAAAAGAGAGAGAUAAACCCAGGAUUCAGAGGAAAGGAGGGAGGGCAGGUUAAAUUGAAAGUAUAGAAUAUCAUACAGGUAUAUGUUUGGUUGUACCUUAAAUAUUGAUUCAAUUUGGACAUGUAAUCUCUAUCUGCUACCCAACCACUCUCUCACACUGAGUAGACCACAUGCAGAGAGCUUGGUUAGGUAGAAUCAGGAGCACGUACAUCCCUCAGUAAUAGUUAUGGAGCAAACACAUACACAGACACUAAUAGAAAAAAUGGAGAGAAAAUCAGUUGGCGAGUGUGUAGAGGACGCAUCUUGUUUAUAUUCAACCAUAGAAGAAGAAGGAGACCAGAUGGGCUAGAAACAGCCAGUUCCAAAUGAAACUCAAAGCCCAAAACACAUUGGUGAGCAGGACAGAACUGCUCCCAACAUGUACAGAGGCAUCGUUUAUUCAUAUCAUCCACUGUUGGAAAGAAUACAGUACAUUAUCCAUCAGGCAAUAGGGGAUCUAAUUUACUUUUUUUCAGAGUACUAACAUUUUGUUAAAUUAUGGGGGAUGGGAAACUUUUUUUGAAUUAAAAAAUAUAUACCGGUACAUAUAUAAAUACAAGAGAGACAGAUUACCGGGUGAGGGGCAGUGAUGUAAUAGAGGAACUAGGUGCUAAGAACUGGAAGUGACAUGAAGAGUGGCGUACAUGAUGAAAGUAGUAACCUUGGAAACCUUAGUAGUUUGAAUUGAAGGAAAGCAGGACAGCAGGAGUGGAUCUGAAACUAAAUUCACAGCAAUCACACAACAUGAGGAAUUUAUUUAUUAAAGUAUUUAUUAUUUUAUUUAUAUUUUCAUUGACUGGAUUUUCACAGCAGCUGCAAGGAUACAGUACAAAUCCUUUUCAGAUUUGAUGGGUACAAAUUCUUUGUUUUUCUUUUUUGUUCGAUGUCAAGUCUCAAGUUUCUUUUUGUAUUCUUGCGGCUUUUAUUUUAGUAACAAAAUCCUCACAUUUACUUGUGCAAAUGCAAUUUCUAUGAAAAAGUGUUUUUGUACGAAGAAAAUCAAAAAUUUUGUAAUAAUUUUUAUCAACACAAAAUGCACCACGGAUGUCACCACGGCAGACAGCGAGCCUCUCUCUCCACUGUGGGCCGUGUGGGCAUCCCAAGGGAUAGCAGCCCCAUCUAGGAUAGCCCCGUCAGGCCUAACGCAAUCCCCUCCGAGGGGUCAUGAGAACAACCCUCCAUGGACCGGCCUCACACCGAUGGGGUCUUCAGAGCAUUCUGGUUGAGCUUCAGUGGCAUAAUACAUGUUUUGGAAAAACUAUUUUUAUCAUUGAAAGGAAUCAUAUUUAAAAGAAAGAUAUUUUUACUUCAGGUGAAAGAAGAGUAAUGAUUAAACAAUAAUUAGAACAAUACAUAUAUAUAUACACACAAAGAAGUUGAAGUGAAGAGGACUGCCAAUGAUGCUUAUCAUUCUACACCCCUGAUUUCCAAUAGACUGCUAGUUUUCAGUGCUGAGAAAUUGUGUGUAAAUGGUUAAAAAAAGAGAAAAAUAUGUAUUUAACAAAAUAAAGAACACCUACAGUGGCAAGAAAAAGUAUGUGAACCCUUUGGAAAUACCUGGAUUUCUGCAUAAAUUGUUCAUAAAAUUUGAUCUGAUCUUCAUUUAGGUCACAACAAUAGACAAGCACAGUCUGCUUAAACUAAUAACACACAAACAAUUGUACGUUUUUAUGUCUUUAUUGAAAACACUGUGUAAACAUUCACAGUACAGGGUAGGAAAAGUAUGUGAAUCCUUGGAUUUAAUAACUGGUUGACCCUCCUUUGGCAGCAAUAACCUCAACCAAAUGUUUUCUGUAGUUACCAAUCAGACCUGCACAACGGUCAGGAGGAAUUCUGGACCAUUCCUCUUAAACAACUGUUUCAGUUCAGAAAUAUUCUUGGGAUAUCUGGUGUGAACUACUCUCUAUAGGUCAUGCCACAGCAUCUCAAAUCGGGUUGAGGUCAGAAGGUGUAUUUUCUUCUCUUGAAGCCAUUCUAUUGUUGAUUUACUUCUGUGUUUUGGGUCGUUGUCCUGUUGCGUCACCCAACUUCUGUUGAUCUUCAAUUGGAGGACAGAUAGCCUUACAUUCUUCUGCAAAAUGUCCUGAUCAACUUGGGAAUUCCUUUUUACGUCGAUGAUUGCAAGCUAUCCAGGCCCUGAGACAGCAAAGCAGCUCCAAACCAUGAUGCUCCCUCCACCAUACUUUACACUUGGGAUGAGGUUUUGAUGUUGGUGUGCUGUGCCUUUUUUUCUCCACACAUAUUGUUGUGUGUUCCUUCCAAACAACUCAACUUUAGUUUCAUCUGUCCACAGUAAUUUUGCCGGUUGCGCUGUGGAACAUCCAGGUGCACUUCAGAUGUACAGUAAUGUUUUUUUUGGACAGCAGUGACUUCUUCCAUGGUGUCCUCCCAUGCACACCAUUCUUGUUCAGUGUUUUACGUAUCGUAGACUCAUCAACAGAGAUGUUAGCAUGCUCCAGAUCUUUCUGUAAGUUUUUAGCUGAUACUGUAGGAUUCUUCCUAAUCAUUGAGCAUUCUGCGCUCUGCUCUUGCAGUCAUCUUUGCAGGACGGCCACUCCUAGGGAGAGUAGCAACAGUGUUGAACUUUCUCCAUUUAUAGACAAUUUGUCUUACCGUGGACUGAUGAACACCAAGGCCUUUAGAGAUACUUUUGUAACCCUUUCCAGCUUUCUGCAAGUCAACAAUUCUUAAUCUUGGGUCUUCUGAAAUCUCUUUUGUUCGAGGCAUGGUUCACAUCAGGCAAUGCUUCUUGUGAAUAGCAAACUCAAAUUUUGUGAAUGUUUUUUAUAGGGCAAGGCAGCUCUAACCAACAUCUCCAAUCUCGUCUCAUUGAUUGGACUCCAGGUUAGCUUACUCCUGGCUCCAAUUAGCUUUUGGAGAAGUCAUUAGCCUAGGGGUUCACAUACUUUUUCCAACCUACAUUGUGAAUGUUUAAAUGAUAUAUUCAAUAUAGACAAGAAAAAUACAUGAAUUAGUGUUUUAUUAGUUUAAGCACACUGUGUUAGUCUGUUGUUGUGACUUAGAUGAAGAUGAGAACAAAUUUGAUGACCAAUUUAUGCAGACAGGUAAUUCCAAAGGGUUCACAUACUUUUUCUUGCCACUGUAACUAAUUUUGAACGUGUUAUGAAAACUAAACGGAGUGCACACAGUUUACUGUUUGAAGUUGAUACACAAGUUUAAAGAAAAUAAAAAAAAAUCUUCACAA